AUGCGUGCCGUCUCUAUCUUUCUGCUCUGCGCCGCCAGCCUGGUCUCGUCCAGCGCUCUGCCCAAUGAUGCCGCUCUAGCUAAGCGUGGGGAGGAUUGCGAUACGAGCUCUUCCUAUAUUCCCCCUCCGGAGACGUCCACUCCGUGUGACACCCCCACGCUGCCUACCUCGCCGCCGGCCGUGUCGACUCCUUGCGACACCACUCCUCCUCCCUAUGUGACUACUCCUCCUCCCUCAGUGACCACCGUCACCGUCACCUGGACCACCACUACCUGCCCCUUCUCCGUCACCACCUACACUAGUGGCUCGUAUCCCGUCACCUCGCCCGUCACCUCGACCAAGACCAUCACCACCUCCACCGUUGUGACCUGCACCGGUGGCUGCGGUCCUACCGUGACUGUGCCUCCCUAUACCACCUGGACCACCAUCUGGACUACCUGGACCACCACCACCUGCCCCGUUGUUCCCACUACCAUCAGCGGCACCCCCACCUCGAUGACCCAGACCAGCACCAUCGUCGUCACUGGAAGCCAGACCUCCACCUGCGUGAUUCCCCCGGUCACCAUCGUGCCCCCGCCGGUGUCUCCUCCCCCCAUGUCCUCUGCCCCUCCCACUUCGACCCCGUACGUUCCCCCUCCGGUCACCUCGAGCGUUCCCAGCACCCCGGCCCCGACCUACAACGCCGCCGCGUCUCUGUCCCAGAAGUCGCUGGCUGGUGUUAUCCCCGGUCUGGCUAUGCUCAUGGCCUUCUUCUAA